GAAAAAAAUUUACAAAAAUCGGAUGAGUUAAAGCGACUAUCUCAAAUUUACGUUAGUCCUUGUGUUUUCAUCGGUCAGUGAAGGGCUGAAAGAAGCGCUCUAAUCAGUAACUGGUUGACGCGUGGACAGUUGGUCUAAGGGACCAUCAUGGAACAAACGUGCUACAGAUGCCUCGAGUUUCUUGGAGACGACGUUAUCAAGUAAAAUCACUGCCAAUGGAAGUUACAUGCGAUCGAGCAGGGAACGUCUAAAGACACCGGCGUGAUGUGGAAUUGUCAAAUAUGCACGCAGUUACGAGAUGGCAAAUCGGUCAUGAAAUUGCCAGACAUACUCGUAGAUUCCGACUUUUGCAAUUUCGUGCAGUCUUUAUGCAAUCGAGUAUCUACUUUAGAGCGUAUCUUCGCGUCGAACAAGAUACUUAAUGCUGACAUUUCGAAAGUAGGAGGAUGAAGUGCGUGUUCUUAUUGUCGGAGACUAUCUUCCUAAGGAGAGCUUGAGAAAGACAUUAUGGACAUUUUUCCGCAAGCAGCCCCCAUAUUAUUCCAGACAUUUGAUAACGAAAAUAUUGAGGUUGUACUAUAGGCAGAUGAGUUCUUGAACAACUGCGUCCUUCCAGCAAAUAUCAUUCUUCACUACGGCCACGAGAGUUGUCUUACAUUUAAGCAAAAUUACCUCCUGAAAAAAAUUCUUCAGCUGUCAGAAAAGCUAGGCAAGCAGAACCCUUUGUUAUGUUUAUUGUUCGUCAGCAUCCCGGAGCUGAAUUUAUUUUGUACUACAACAAGUGAAACGAUCAUUAAACUCAAAGAUUGUGCGAACUUCAUCGAUGUCCGCUACGUUCAGGAAAUCAUGCUGGAAAGCGGAUACUACUAGUAUAUAGAGCUCCCAUAUGUAUCCCACAAAAUUGUACACCAAGAUCUGCGAAGAAGCAACAAAGGCAUUGUCAAAAAAAUUGAGCGCCAGUAACAUUCGAACACGCUGGGAAGCAUUUUUCUCGCGCAAUAGGUUUAAUAGAUUGUUUGGAAGUUUUUUGACGGCCGCAAACGCCUCGUGACACUAGAGCUGGCUACCAAAUCUCAGCUGUGGUAUGAAUUUCCUAUCAACUCUGCGCUGGGUAACUACAACUGGGAAAACAAUUAUGGUACAAAUUAUGCCUGUGCAUUGGCGAAAACCGAACAAGACAUUUGACAUCAAUAAGAAGACGCAUUCGCCAAAUCCACAACCCACGCUCCUAAUUUCUGGCGGCACAAUCCGGCAACGUAGCGUUAACAGCGAGAUUGCCACACUCUUACGUUUGCAAGCCUUUUCUUCCAUAUCUUGUAAAAAUUUGCAUACUUCACUAGGUUCGUCCAGUCUUAUUUGCACCGCUUCGUCCUUUGGCCUACGAACGCCUUGCUUAGCAACGUUAUUAACUCUCGCGGCAAUUAACCACGGGUCUUCUGGCAGCGCAAUAUUGCCCAUCGCGUUUGGUUGCAACUUCUCUUCCAUCAUGUGCUCCUUGUCGACGAAGAGUUCACUUAACGUUGCGAUUCCUGAGGACAUGUCCUUCCUCACCCAGGACGAGGCUACCAAGAUCGAUGUCGAAUUAUUUGACGAAUACGGCUUUACCAUUGAUCAAUUGAUGGAGUUAGCUGGCUUAGCAGUUGCAACGGCGAUCGCAAAGGCGUAUCCACCAAACGCAGUUCAAGGGGGCUCCGGAAAUGUUGACAAAUCUUCUCCAUCGGCACCGAAAGUACUCAUUUGUGCUGGACCGGGAAAUAACGGCGGAGACGGACUCGUUGCGGCUAGACAUCUGAAGUGGUUUGGCUACGAUCCGUGUAUAUUCUAUCCAAAACAGCCUGCCAAGCCUUUGUUCGCGGCCCUUCGUCGCCAAUGCGAAGAAAUGGAGAUUUCAUUUAUGAGCUUCCUGCCAGAUGCGACUCUGGUCGACCAAAACUUCGCGUUGGUAGUGGACGCUUUAUUUGGUUUCGGUUUCAGACCGCCCGUACGACCUGAAUUUGUUGAAGUGUUGCAAAAGUUGUGCAAAUUCAAGACCCCGAUCGUGAGUGUUGACGUGCCGUCGGGUUGGGACGUCGAGAUGGGGCCACAUGCCGAUUCAAUUAAGCCGGCCAUGGUCGUAUCACUUACAGCGCCUAAGAAGUGUGUCCAGAACUACAAGGGCAAACAUUUUCUCGGUGGGCGAUUCAUACCCAAUUCACUAGCAGCUAAGUACAAGCUCCGUUUACCCACGUACGUCGGAACCGAACUUGUAAUCCGACUGCAAUAGAACUUAAGUGAAACUACUUAACUAGCCCCGUCGACUGUCAGCAUCUCCUGGUUGGGGUACUUCAGCUGCAUAAUGGUCUCACAGAGUCAUUACAAUGUGAAAUGCGUUAGACGUGAACACUACAACUAUCAACAAAUCUUCACCGUAUCGAACAGUGCCAGCAUGAGCUAACUAACUGUCGUUAUUUUUAGUACUCGUGCUUAAUGUAUUCAAACGUAUAUCGUUUAAUGUAAGAGCGGUUGAUCAGCGUGAUUAUUGAUCGAAGUUAAUGCGUCCGGUAUGCUAGAGUUAUAUGGUAUACUGAAAAGGCAAAGUCCUGACAGAAGCCCACUUAGUCGUUCCGCUUGCAAACUGUGUGUAUAGCGUCAGUAACUGGCACUUACUAUAGCUGAUACAAUACUCGAUUAUACAGAGAUCUUGUACCAGUCCAAAAAAUAACGAUGAUAUAGAGUUGAAAGUAUGCACAACAGUCGUCGCUUUGUUUAUACUGGGUCUUCUGUUUGUCAGCUUUGCUCUAUGUUAAACGAAGACUAAAUCUCUGUUACAUUUCUGCUAUGUUUGGUAUUUGUAAAAAACGGAAACUCGGAAGAAGAAAUUUAUUCUUAUUAUAUCGACGAUAUAUACAUAUAUAACGAGUGGCUAUGUCGAUAGACAACAUCAUCAGGCUGUCAACAUACGCCAAAUGCUAUUCUACGACGACUGAAUAAUCAGUAAAAAAUGUCGUGCUUCGUAACAUGCUUUCAUUGGCUAUUAAGGGAAAGUGUUGACCCGUUCCCUAAUACCGGGUCCGCCGUUGGUCUUGAAUCAAGUGACUGGUGUUACUUAAUCUUUAAUGAAGGUUUCGAUGAUAAUUUGCUUCAUUAUCGUAACAUUAAACUAUAGCCUCGAGUGUAGGAGCGAAAAACCAUUUUUUGAUAUAUCAGAAAAAUCUGGGGGAAUCCUACCCGGAUAGGUCGUUCCUAACAGUCCGUUCCUUUGGCAACACGCUUUUCCCUGCAUCUGUCAUAAUAGGCCCUUGGAAGCUGAAAAAAUUAACUGAUAUUGUUUAGCUCCAGUUUCCGGUGCGGCAGAGGACGACCAGUCUCAGAUUUGGUUAUGAUGAGAUUUUAGUGCUGUAUCGGUAAAUGAAAUAAAAGGAUGUUGUGUUCCCGUCGAAGUUUGAAAUACCCUACUUAUUGUCUAAGUGAAUCACGUUAUAUCAAUCAAUAGACGACACGCAUGGAUUUAAGCCACACAGCUCAACUCUGAUCGUAACACCGAUAGAUCGGUAUAUUGUAGACGCGUUGAUCAAAAAAUCUUGUUAAUUUAACUUCCGUUAAACGAAUGUCGACUUCCCUAACUCAUAGGAUUGAAAUAUUCAGUAUGAAAAAUAAGUUUAACUUAAUUCGAGUACGUUACAUUUUCGGGCUAAGCGGUGUCGUGCACCCAGUGACAAGAGAUUGCCAGCUGAAAAUAUGGGGAGUUAGAAAAUAAGAAUCACGAUGACUUUGAAAAGAAAAUCUAUGAAGAAAGCUAUUGACGAUGUUAUCUACAGAGUGUACAUAUAUGUACCUAUUAUAUCACUAAUCUUGCUCAUGAAUCAAAAGAUAAGCUACCUGUGUUUCUAUUACAGAAAACUGUUAGCUUCAAGGUGUGAAAACAGACUUAGAUCGUAGCACUAUGUAUUGGAAGUUUGAUGAUGAUUUAUUUGAAUGGCCUGUUUAUUCACUCUAAAAUGUAAAUUUGCUUUUUGCUUGGUACGAUUUCUAUGACACCGACGAAGGCUACGACUACUAAAUAAAGAUGAAGAUCGGUAUUAUUGCAGAUUUGUUCUUCAUUAUGCGG